AUUUUAUAUCCAUACUCCCCUUCCCAUCGCACCUCGUUCCAGUUGCCGAUCCCAAAGAAUGGCACAAUCCAGCGACCCCGGCCAUUUCUUCCAGACCGACAACGCACUCCACGAAUCCGCGCGCAAAGCUGCGAAGCGGGCGAAGAGCAACACAAAAGGGGAUCCGAUAACGCUACCCUCGAAGAUCCUCGCCAUUGCCGCGGAUCCCUGGGGAUAUGGCGAGGAUGGCGAGGAUGGCGAGGACGGGGACGAGGGCAGCGUGUUCGUGGCCGAGGCGGCGGGCACGGUGAAGAGGGUUGCGCUUGAUAGUAAAACAAUAACGACGACCUUCACUGGCCCCGCGGCGCCGCUGACCUCGCUGGCCGUGUCGACGCGCUCGAGGCAGAUCUUCGCGGGUUGCUGGGAUAAGAGUAUCUGGUGCUGGGACGUUCCCUCUCCUCCUCCUCCUCCUCCUCCUCCGUCCUCCUCCUCGAACACUUCCGCUUCCACUUCCAAUUCCACAUCGCGAUCACCUACGCAGCCAGCGAAACGCCGCCUCCAAGGCCACGCCGACUUCGUCAAAUGCCUCCUGCUCGUCAAUUCCAGCCCGGGAGAGAAGGGAAAAGAACUGCUCGUCUCGGGCUGCGCCGACGGCACCAUUUCCGUCUGGGACGUCGAGUCCGGGCGGAAGUUGUAUUCGCUAACGGGGCACACGCGGGCCGUCUUAUCGUUGGCUUUGGAUCCCGCUUCUUCCACGCCGGAGGAGGAGGAGGGAAACGGCACCGAUAUCGAUAAUAAUGGGAGUAAAGGUGCGGUGGUGGUCUUCAGCGCAGGCACCGACCGCACCAUCCGGCAGUGGUGCAUAACCCCGACCACCGGCCACCCCAUCGCUAUCCAACCCUCCACCACCACCAACGGCGCCAACAACGAUGCCAACAACAACAACAACGAGGGUAUCAUCCUCGCCCACGAAACCUCCAUCGACGCCAUCACCUUCGACACCGACGCGGACCUCUGGACCGCCUCGGCCGACAAAACCGCAAAAUGCCUCUCGCGCGCCCACAACUGGAGUCCUGAACUCUCUCUCCCGCACCCGGAUUUCGUCCGCGACGUCGUCGUCGAUGAGGAAGGUGGAUUUGUCGUGACGGCUUGUCGGGACGAGGAGGUGCGCGUGUGGGAUCGGGGGACGGGGGAGUUGAGGGUCGUGUUUGCGGGUGGACAUUGGGAGGAGGUUACGGGGCUGUUGUUGUUGGAAAGGAGGCGCUUGGUGCUGAGUGUGUCGAUUGAUGGGACGAUUAGGCGGUGGAGUUUGAAGGCGAGGGAUUUGGCGAGGGCGGUGGAGGAGGCGAGGGCCGUCGAGGACGGGAGAGAAAAAGACAGGGACGAGGAGAUGGGGACGGAGACUGGGAAGGCGAGUCUGUUGACCGAGGAGGAGGAGAGGGAGUUGGCGGAGUUGUUGGAGGAGAGUGAGUGACUGAGUGAGUGAGAGGUAGAAGUACCAUCCAUCUUGUCUGCCUCACGACUGGUCAUUGCUGCUAGCGUGACAGCGACACAUUAGAAUUUAUCCCAAGACCACCUGCAAUCAGAUGAGUUUGCUUGUAUUUUACUGGUAG